AUGCCUAAAUUCGAAGGGGUCCACCAACCUUUUAACCCCAAGAAGCCUUACUGGAUGAAGGUGCCAAAGACCGAGCAGCAGAGGAAGCACUUUGAGAAGAUGCGAAAGGCAGUUAAAUCUCGGAAGCACCAGCCAACCAACGCCAACGGUCACCCUAAGGACGAUGCGGAUGAUCACCAGGAUUAUGGCCUUAUGGUAGAUCAGCAAGAUCAAGAUGAUAAUGAGAUACCACGACCCGACUUUAUUGAUGAAAUACAUCAGGCUCGACUCGAUGAUGAAAGACACGCACGCGAUCUUCUUCUUGCCCAGGCAGCAGAAGAAAUGUUCUCCGCAUAUCUCGCAUGUUCAUUGAAGACAAGCGAGUGGGGCAAUCCCGCGACGUGGAACCAUGAUCACAAGGCCACAUGCAACUGUCAUCCUAGCCAAUGGCGCGAAAGGGACGUGGAUUUGGUCGACCUACUCACGCGCCAAAAAACUCGAAUAAGAUUUUGUCGAUGUCAAAAAAACGAUCAAACUAGGCUGAUCCUCAUGGGUUUCAUUGGUGGAUCCCCAAAAUACCCUAAGACCGCCUUCUCCAUCCGACUCCUGCGGUUUUUCCAUAUAUUAUGGAAAUUCUGUACAAUCCGUAUUGGACCUUUUUCCCGAGCUAUUGACGAGUUCCUCGAUGCGUUUUGUGCCCUUAUCCUAACCAAGAACGAACAGCCUCGCCGAUGGCACACCCCUCUGUAUUGGGCAGUAGAUGCGUAUCGGGAGAUGCUAUCCAUGACUGAAAAAGUCAUGGAUGCAGCACUCAACCUCACGCCACUGGACAAAGUUGCUUCCAACUGUCCACGCUGUUUUGGCCCACCUCUCCUUCUCGAGGCAGCCCAAUUAGAACCCGACGUGGUUGUUUGCAUGGACGGGAACUUCCAGCAUCGCCGACACAUCGCGGCUGGAACCAAAGCUGCGAGGAAAACAACGCAGAUGCCACCACUUUUUCUUCCCGACGACCAAGUUAACCAAAUGUGCGCCCGACUGGCAGGACAUGCUGAGGAUGAUUUUCAAGCGUGUGCCGACCAACAUACCACAGCUAACGAUACACGAGGUAAAGGCCAUUGGGCAGGUUGCGAUGAAACUGGUCUCAUGGCUAUGGUAUGCCGUCACGACCAUUCUCUUCGAUUUGCUAAUAUUGUCAAAAGCGGCGAAAAGCUGCACUACAGCUACUCCUUGAUUGAGUGGAUUCUGAAUUUGACCCGCAACCAUGGUCUCACUCCUCGAAGGGUUGGUAUCUUGUAUGACAUUGGUUGUACCAUGCAAGCCGGAAUCGAAAAUCGUGGAACAUUUCAAGAGGAGAUGUUAAACGGUAGGAUCCGAUUUGGUACCAGUGUUUUCCAUGCAUAUGUGCAUAGGUGGGGCUGCCAGUUGCUCUGGAAUCCUCGCCUCAAUCAAGGAUGGGGGCUGUCCGAUGGCGAAGGAAGUGAGAGGGUGUGGUCUGGGCUCAGCCCACUGGUGAGCCCUCUAAGAUACGCCACCCCACAGCACCGGGUCAAUGCGAUUAGCAUGCGUUCAUCGCAUGCUAAUGCUUGUCUUCGGCAUGAAGCGGUGAUUCAUCUUCGACGGAAGAAGACCGAGGCCAGGACCCGACUUGAAGAAGCCGAAGUGACCCUCAGGAAGCUAUCAUCACCCGGUGAUGGGUGCCCUGGACGUGACAUCGCGUAUUACGAGGCCACGUGGAUGGCUCAAAGAGCACGUCAGCUGGAUAUCAUUGAGGAAUCUCAGAAUGAGAAAAGGGAGAAGUUAGGGGUGUUACUGACCUUGGAGGAAGGUCUCCAUGUUGCUCUUCAACGGCUUGAAGCCUUGCGAGCGACACGCAGAAGAGCGAGGACGCAAGCUGAGCGUAAUGAGCUAGUAGCUCUACCAGCGACAGUAGCAGAUUUUGAAGAACACAUUCACGCGGUGGUGACCGAACUUGGUGGAAAUGAGUUUCAAAACAUCUUGGGUCUCACAUCAAUUCAAACCAACGCGAGCCUAACCAUAACGAUUGCGCGAGCUAAGAUGUACGAAGCUAGAGUAGGUGUUAUUGAAGCCAGACUGCGUCAGCAUCGCAACACCGGUUUGUUCAAUCCUUGGUUACACAGCAGCAGCAGCAAACGGCCCGUCAAGUUAGAGACAAAAUAA